AUGAGAGGCAUCAAAGUACCCAUACUAUGCUUGCUGUUCGGCUCAACGACUUCUUUUUCAGCCAUCGGCAGUUUUCCUGUCAAGAGCGACAGUCGCUUCCAAGUUUCCCAUUUUUCUUACAGUCUACUACGGCCCCGACAACACAAACGUUUGUUCGCUCCGGGAAGGGCCAACGUGUGGAAGCGUUGCCUUGCGACCAACGAUUCGGAAACCGUUGACAUAUUUCAAAUCGGUAUUGAAUACAACUCUGGAAGAAGGUGGAGCUUGCGUGGUUUUUGGUAUGCGCAAGAGCUGUUAACGACCUUUGCCGAUGAAAACAGUCUCGCCUGCGUUACGGUAACAGCGAAAUCUUUAAAGACAGCAGGAGGCAGCGACUUCGUCGUUAGUUUGCACAGCAGUAAUUCCAGUGAAAUUCUGUGGAAGCAGCAAGCCGGGAACGAUUUUCCUGAUACGAGAGAGCUGAAGCAGCGUGUGCGAGAUCGCAUCGACCCAUCACGCUUUCUGGGUCACAGCGAUACCACUGAUCGACGAGAACAGGUAGUCGACAGAUCAAGCACCAAAAGCAGCCCUCAAAGCAGCAAGCCUGAGAUUCUGAACUUGGAUAGAACUUCCUCCGCAAACAGGUCGAAAGCCGCCUCGGAAUGUCUUCCUCGCGUUUCAAAUGCCGCGGCACCGCACCUUAUGAUUUAUUACUGCACGGGAUGUCGGUGGCUAUUACGCGCCGCUUACUUAGCACAAGAAAUGUCGAACACGUUGGGAGACUUGAGCAGCAUCACGUUGGCACCUAGUCGACCACCGGCCAAGGGAGGGAGUUUCGUUGUGUGGCUAGACGAUGCAAUUUUGUGGGAUCGUGCUACGGAACAACGGUUUCCGGAACCGGAAGAAAUCGAACAAUGCAUUCGGAGGCAACUGCGAUUAGAUCAGCCAUUGACUGAUGCAAGGCAAAGGGAACGAAACCAGGAAGAUACGUCCAUGGACGAGGACGAGGCAGCGGAAGCCAGAGCUUACUUUGGCGUUAUGUAG